CAGGUUAGGUGUACCAAAACAAGUUCCUGAGAUGCAAGGACAACAUGAAAAACCACUGUAUACGAUCACUUGAUAACAAUGGUCCUCAAACUUUUUCUCUUGCGCACGCACACCCCUCUCUUUACAAAUACCCUUAGACAGCAAGAAUUGAAAAACUCUUUCUCUAUGCAAGCAAAAAUGCCUCCUUGUGACUUUUCACCUGAAAAAUAUGAGUCCUACCCCUAUGAGCAUAUGCUGAAGAUCCGCAAGCAGAAUCUCUCUCCAGCACUGUUAACAUGCUACAAGAAACCACUGCUGCUACAUCAGGGACAUAUGCAGUGGCUGUUUGAUUAUGAGGGACGAAGGUACCUUGAUCUGUUUGCUGGGAUUGUUACUGUCAGCGUUGGCCACUGUCACCCGAAGGUAACUGCAGCUGCCCAAAAACAACUUGGUCGUCUAUGGCAUACAAGCAACAUCUACAUGCAUCCAUCAAUCCAGGAAUAUGUAGAGAAACUAACAGCACUUCUCCCUGAUCCACUCAAGGUGGUUUACCUGACUAACAGUGGGUCAGAAGCCAAUGAUUUGGCUAUGUUCAUGGCAAGGCUUUAUACUCGUAACUUUGACUUCAUCUGUUUCAGAGGAGGAUACCAUGGAGCCAGUCCAUACACGCUGGGUUUGACGUCCAUUGGAUCUUAUAAACAUGGUGUUGCCAAUGGGUUUGGCUGCCAAACAACCAUGUUACCAGAUGUUUUCCGUGGUCUGUGGGGAGGAAGCCAUUGCCGAGAUUCUCCAGUGCAAACUAUUCGGAAAUGCAGUUGUUCUCAAGGUUGUUGUGAAGCAAAUGACCGGUACAUUGAACAGUUCAAUGACACUCUGAGUACUUGUGUGCCAAAGGCAAUAGCCGGGUUUAUCGCGGAGCCAAUUCAAGGUGUUAAUGGAGCUGUUCAGUAUCCUAAAAGAUUUCUAAAGGAAGCUUUUCGGCUAGUGCGUGAGAGAGGAGGCGUCUGUGUCGCAGAUGAAGUCCAGACAGGGUUUGGACGGACUGGCAGCCAUUUCUGGGGAUUUCAAACACAUGAUGUAGUCCCUGAUAUUGUUACCUUGGCAAAAGGAAUUGGUAAUGGCUUUCCAAUGGCAGCUGUCAUAACCACAUCAGAGAUUGCAAAUUCCUUCGCUCAAAAUCUUCAUUUUAACACAUUUGGAGGAAACCCUAUGGCCUGUGUAGUUGGAUCUGCAGUUCUUGAUGCUAUUGCAGAAGAUGGUCUUCAAAAGAACAGUGAAGAAGUGGGGACUUAUAUGCUAUUGGAGUUUGCUAAAUUGAGAGAUGAAUUUGAGAUCAUUGGAGAUGUCCGUGGCAAAGGCCUUAUGAUUGGGAUAGAAAUGGUGAAGAAUAAGGACAGUCGUCAACCUCUUCCAGUUGAAGAGAUGAGUCAGAUCUGGGAAAACUGCAAAGACAUGGGAUUAUUGAUUGGCAGGGGUGGACUGUAUAAUCAGACAUUUAGACUCAAACCUCCAAUGUGCAUUACAAAGCAAGAUGCAGACUUUGCAGUGAAAGUAUUUCAUGCUGCAUUAAUGAGACAUCUGCAAGAAACUGCAAUAUAGACUCUUAAUGUUUCUCCUUAGACAAGAUGUUUGGUUGGUAACAUUCACCCUCCCAACUCUGAAAUAUUGCUAUAAGUACAACUGGCAAGAAAUGUAUAGCAUGAAGAUAAGAUUGAUCUAAUUUAGCUGCUUUGAAUAUUUUAAAUUAAAUAAUAAAUUAUGCUUAAGUAAUGUGAGAUCACUCAGUUUACAACGAGACUGAUUUCUUGCAUGCGUAGUAAAGGUACAUAUCUUGUAUAACGAAAAUACCAGUUAAGACAAACACUUUUUAAUUAAUGCUAACUAGUCUGAAAACAUGUCACACCAGCAAGUGAGUCUGGCUGAUGUGCUCAGGCUAGCAUACAUGAGAAGGCAUGCUAAGGGAUACUGCUUUACAACAGAUCUGGAAUAGCAAAACUGUCAGGCAAAGAAAGGAAGAACUGUUAUGAGCUGGAAUUCUGGGAUGUAGUUUCUGCAGUGACAUAAGAAUUAUUCUGGGUAAUCUUGCUACAGUAACAUUUGCUUAGUAGCUAGUGAUCUUAAAAGUUGUAAUUGCUUUUGCUGCUUGAUUGUAGAUUUGUUCUUGACACACAUUACUAGGAAGUGAGGAGGAGUCAAAUUUCUAGAGGCUGGAAGCUCUUCAAUGAAGAAAAGUUGUACAGGUAGCUUGUAACAUGCAGAUGGAUUGUGUUUAGCAGUUUAGAGAAAAACCAUAUUAAAAUAAGGAUAUCACUAGGUUCUGAGCCAGUCUCUUGCUCAGCCUCAGUGAUCUUCUCUCCUUUGACUCAGAGCAGUGCUCCAUCUCUAGAUGCUGCUAUGUGCCCCAUAUGUCAUCAGCAGAGAUCUCACAUUAGAUUACACUGAGCAGGGGGGAAAAAAGGUUAAGAUGGGAUUAAAACCGUCCUCCUAUUAAUCAGUUUACAAUUGAGUUAAUUUCAACUAACUGUUUUUAAGUAUUUGGUCCAAUCAAAGAUGUAAUCACACUUACACAGCCAAAAUGGUAAAGUUUAGAGAUAAAUUAGCCCUUACCUUACAAACAGUUUUAUACAGUUGUGGGGGCCUUACAUUGCAUCACACCCUACAUAAGUUUCUAUAUUAUUCCAUACAGAACCACAGCUCUUAAGUCUUAGUAAACCACUGUAACAACAAACUCAGAAAGCUAUGGACAGAUGGUCAAACACAAACGCCAUCCUACAUCAUAAUAGAUGAGAUCUAUAAAAUAAACAGCAAAAUAAGUGUUAAAAUAAUUUAUUUCCUCCCUCUGUACAGUUGCAUGUCCCACCAGGUAUCUAGGAUGACCAGCUUUUAGAAUUUUUUUUUCAAGACUUUCAAGGCCCUGGAAUGAGCAGGAUGAAAUUCAGUUGUUAAUGAAGUAUUGGUAAAAAAAAAAAAAAAAA